AAUGGUUUAUUAGUGGACAAACUUUGUCUGGGAAACCAAUGCAUGGUGGUUAAGAAGAAUCAGACCUGUAUUUUUGUUUAAAUAUAAUCAAGUUUGUUGUUUUGGGAGCAUUUGCAUUUACAGCAUUCUAUGGAGGCAGAUAUUAUUUCUUUGGAAAAUGGGCUUAUUAUAAACAAAGACAAUUUACAGAAGCUGAACUUGUAGCAUAAGCAGAAGUCAAUAAGAGGUGUAAUUCUUAUAUAAAUGCUAUAUAGAAAUUGGGGAUAUGGAGUUUGGUACAAACCAACAUUGGAGAGAAGCAGAAAGAAAUUAUUGCAAGAUGCAUUGAAAGGUAUAAGAGAUAGAUUAAUUUUUUUGUAGAUAAAUAUAGAUAUGCAAUGACAUGGGAAGAAUUAUUUUAUGAGGAUCCAAGACCAGUUGAAGAAAUUCUUGAAGAAGAAAACUCUUGGGAAGAAUAUGAGAUAUGAC